AUGGUUCCAAGAAGGAAGAACGACCCGACGUCUCCAGUGACAAGUCCCUAUACGCCACUGGCCUCUUCUGAUGACGACCACGAGUUUCGCCUGUGCAACAUUGCGAGUGGCUCUUGGGACUCUCCGCUGGAGCUCGAGCUGCGCACGUCCAGUCUCGACCUCGAGAUCGCAUACUCCUGUCUGUCGUACGUGUGGGGGCCUCCGAGGCCCCGUCUGGCCGUUUCUCUGAACGGACGGCCAUGGUACGUGAGGGUGAGCCUUUUUGGCGCCCUGAGACAGCUUCGCCAACGUGGACAGGGGUUGAUUUGGAUCGAUGCGGUCUGCAUCGAUCAGGGGAAUGACGCGGAGAAGACGGAGCAGGUCGCUAUGAUGGGCAGGAUUUUCGCAAAAGCAACAGACGUGCUGAUAUGGCUUGGUGACCCAGAGGCUUCCGAUGAUUUUGUUGAUGGAGAUACCAAGGCUGGAGCGUCUAUGAACGACUGUGAGACACUCACAGAAGCCGUGUCCAUUAUUCAAAAGCUGGCGGACGGCAGCCAUUUCCACGACCUGCCAUAUUUCGAAACAUGCACCGCCAGCAGCUGCCCAGGUCGUCUGUCGAGAUCAGAGCGAGGUUGGCCCUGCGCCUUGAAGUGUCUACGUGCUUGUCUGGACGUCGAAUGGUUCACGAGAACCUGGACGGUACAAGAGAUCGUCCUCGCCCGAUCUGCGACUGUUUUGCGAGGCCCGAUAUCUGUACCCUGGCAACUAAUCGAGCAAGCCUGGGCAAAUUGGCAGGGCCAUCUCGACACCUGCUGCGGCGAAUGCAUCUUCACACUCAACAUGCACGACUUCCAAGUCAUACAGCGCAUUGCUGUUGAGGUGAACGUGCUCACGCUCACUAGGUCUCAAAUGUCGAGAGGUCAAGCACUGCACCGCGUGCUCAUCAAGUUUCGCUCGAAGCAGGCCACAGACCCAAGAGAUAAGAUUUACGGCGUCCUAGGUCUUCAAUCCAAGGACUGCGUUGCCGAGUUGUCGCCCGAUUACACCAGGUCGCUGAGCGAUGUACAGGUGUCUUGUGCCGUUGAAGUCAUGAGGAGCCAAGGUUGGCCACUCCCCUUGUUCUUGGAGCUGGAACAGGUCUUGCAGGGCUUGCCUUCCUGGGUGCCGGAUUGGACACUCAAUACCACUGAGCCGCCCAUCUUCGCUGCUGCUCGUCUGGAGUACGUCGACAGCUAUAACUGUGCCCAAGGCGUCAAGGGGGAAAUCGAGCUGCUGCCGAACGAUAUCCUCAGCUUCACGGCUGUCCGACUCGGCGAGAUCGAGCGCGUUUCCCGCCCACGAAGGCUCACGAAUCGCAUGGUCGACCAAUUAGAUCUUCUCGACGAGUGGUUCGAGUUUGUAGAUCUGGAUAGCAAGAAUGACAAGCCGUAUACCGAGAGUCUCAGGGAAGUUGUUGCCAAGACCAUGUUCGCAGGUCGAUACUACGAAAAUGGCUUCGUGAGGCAUGUGACUCCAGCGGACAUUGAGGAAUGGCAAGCCCAUCUAGCCGACUUGAGACGUCGAAUGAGAGAACAAGGUCCAUCCGCCAGUGCCGGUCUGCACCCAGGAAUGCUAUCUCAGAACAUCGCGGCUAUGCGACGGCGACUCUGCACCACGAAGCAAGGGUAUAUCGGGCUGUGUCCUGAACGCGCCAUUCCAGGCGACGAGAUAUAUGCGCUUUACGGCGGUCCGGCGCCCAUGUUCCUACGACAUUGCGGCUCCAGUGAGGAUGGAGAAGUCACAUACCACUUUGCGCUCGGGCAUGGGUACCUCCACGGUCUGAUGGAUGGAGAAGCUGUAGAGAUGGAACUUCCCCUAACGCAGGUGUACAUCAAGUAG